AAAAUAUGCAUUGAAGAGACGCGAGGGAAAGAUUCAUUUUUAGGGGAAAUUUUACAUUUUCUGAAGAGUAGAAUUCUUAUUUUUACCCAUAUUCAAAGGAUAAGAAAGAUCUCGAGAGCAACCCUUUAAUGGGUUAUUUAAAUUCUGACAGUUCUGAGGUUUCUCUGGCUCUUCUAAAUGUUGGUUUCUGAGAGUUUAUGAAGAAGGAAGGAUUCAAAAUGGAGGAUAGCGAUGAUAAACCAUUCCAGUGUACGACUCCUGGAUGUGGACAGGUUAGGCUGAGUACCAUUUGUUGCUGUCAUAUAUCUCUUCCUGGGGGAGUUUGGAAGCGACUGGUUUAAUUUUAUAGUGAUGUCGUCACCCGUAGAUGUUUCCAAGCCUUACGUAAGCCUACAUUUAGCCAACUUUUCACCUUCUUCUCUUCACAGAGAUUCGCUAACAACGAUCACCUGGAAAGACACAAACAAAAGCACCAGUUAACUCUUAAAUUCGGCUCUCUUAAAGGAACAGACUUAACUGUUGCAGGUAAUUUUCCUUCGUUUGCAAGAUCACACCAAAUUUAUAUUUAGCACUCUUACGACCAAACAGAUCCUUUGUUAGUUUGUAUUUACGUGCGGUAGUUAUAAAAUAAUUUAGCUGAUGGUUUUACGUGACAAGUCUUAUUCGUUGCCUUAUAUCAGCUCCUUCGCUUCCUUAUGCCCUCAACAAUUUGUAGAGGUCGUGAGUGGCCUUAAUGACUUUAAUCCAUGGUACUUAACUUGCUUUCAAACUUACAUGUAUGUUUGUCCUGCUACAUGUUAGAAAUUCUGUUUUACAGUUUUCCUGUUAUAAUAAGUUCUCAAAUACCUUGGUUUUGGUUUUGGUUGUUGUACAAACUCGUAGUUAUCCUUGCAUGCCAUUUUAGGGAUGAGGAAACAACAUAAAUGUGUACUUGAAACAUUAAAAUUUUGUUAGCUGCUACACUAGCUAAUUACAGUUUCGUAAUUAAUUGAAAGCUCUCAGUUAAUGUGCACUUGUGACCACCAAGUGAGUAUACUGUGAAAGUCUGCGAUUGUGGCACUCAAGUUGUGUUCUAAUUCAGUUUUUAUUCUGUAUUCUGUAUUCUGUGAUAUGCUAUGCUCUAAACUAUAUCAUUGCCAAAUUUGUUUGGACUAUUGGUAAAUGAUUACCAAGCUCACUGUUGCAAAUAAACAUAAGCUUUCUGCUGUGCUAGUUAAUUUUGUUGAGUGCCUAGAAUGUAUUUGAUUGUGCCAUUCCUGAUAAGAAAUGAUGGUGGGAUUAGGUACAUUUUGAUUAAUUACACUUUGUGCUCUCCCCCGUACCACUGCUGGUACCAAUUUCUAAGAAGUAGUGAUGAUUAACAACUAUUCAUGGAAGUGGAAGUGGCUUGUGGUGGAUAUUUACUGAGAUGUGAAAUAUUCACUGCUAGCCACCAACACUAGUUGUUUUAGUAUAUACUAAAACUGAGGUUUGAUCACUACAACCAAUUGCAAAAGUAGUUGGAACAUGUUACCAUGACAAGAGACAAUUUUUCACCAUGAAAUCCAACAUAAUGUAUCUACUCUUUCCCCUCUUGUUGAUUGCUGUACAAAACUUGAAUGAACAACAGUAAAUCUGGGAAAGGGACCUUUUUUUUUCACUGACUUUCUUCUUGGCCAUGAGAUGAAGUCAGUAAAUUCACUUUCUUCUCAAGGUUCUGAAGAUUUUUGCAACUGUUUGUAGCAAAUUAAGAUGAUUUCAACUCAUUUAUCUCUGCAGCCUUUAUAAUAUUUUCGGGUGCAAAAGUUUUAAGUUUGGGUAGUCAAUCAGGGCAUGCCUUCAAUGCUAUCCACUGUUUUAGUAUACACUAAGUAUGUUAUUCCACACAGGUAUGCAUUUAUACUGUAGCUAUCACUUUAAUUCAACAGAUUAGGAUGAACAAUUAAAUUUUGUUGUCAUUUAAUAUGGUCAUCCUUAUAUGAUAUCCUGUUUGCAGAUCAGACACCAACACCAACAAGAUUUUUAAAGAACUGUGAAGAGGAAGGACUCUUCCAGGAUUUGGAGAAUCCAUUUGACCAGGUACAUGUAUGUUCUGGUUUUGCUUUGAAUCACGUAACUGUAAACUUGCAUAAAAAGUUGAGCAAGGUAGCUUUCCUCUGAACAUCUGUGAACUUUGAAAAAAUGUAUGUGUCAGGCUGGUUAUUUGCAGAAGGUCUAACCUAAACCAUAGUUUUUUGUAAUCAGUGGGCCUCAGGUUUUCUCUAUAAGGGGUUGAUCUAAUUAAAUAAAUUUCCAUCCACUGUUAGCUUUGGCCCUCUUGAUGCUGUUCACAAAAAUAAAUGUUUAGAUAAAAGGUUCAGCUGAAUUGAGGAAUACUUAGGAUGUGAUUUCAUCAAACAACAGCCAAACUUUGUCAAGGUAAUUGGACAGUAUUGUUUAUCAAAAUGCUACUGUAAAUGAAAAAGCCACAAGUUAGCCAUUAUUAUCAUUAUGCUUAUAAUCAAUUUUUCCUCUCUAUCAGUCAACUGGAACAUGUCCAAAUUGUUUAUUAUUCUUUUUUUGAGGGGGGUUGGGAGGGGGGUUCAACAUUACAUCACAAUAAUUAUGAUAUACAGGUGUUAUUAAACUGCAUGGUCACACAACUGAUAAUGAAAAUUAAUGAUUUUGUAAAUCAGGACUAAAAAUAUGCAAUUUUUUUGGCUUGUUUCAUUUCAGGAUUUCAAGAGAGCUACUGAUCAGGUUUGUGAUGAUGUUGGUAACACUCAUUUUACAUGGUUACCGUGGUAAUAUACAUUGCAUUCCCUGAACACUGAAUAUGAUAAACAUGUAGAUGUAACUGUAUAUGAAAGACAAGGCAUUCCAUUCAGUGACAUUGUGUAGGAAUCUAAUUUUUUGAAAAUGGUAUUCCAUUAUGUUCUUUUUUUUUCAUUAAGGUGCCUAAUAUUGAUGUGAUCAUGUUAUAACCCCCAAAAAAAGUAAAUGUUUCAUUUGCUGAAGUCUCAUACACUGUAUGUUACAUGAAAUUUAAACUUCCUCAUUUUCAGCUGAAGUCAUGAUCUUCCUUUAACUUAAGGUUAAGUUUGGCACUUUAAAUUUUGUGAUAGAGUGACAUAAAUCCAUUUUUUUCCCAACUUUUAGCCCCCAAACUCGUCCACUUCUCACUCUUCAGCUCAGUUGUCUGAUCACAAUCAAGCUUUUCUUGCCAGUAAUGGUGCUCCAACACCAACUGUCAUUGUGAUUGAAGAAGCUGAGUCUAAACUUCAGCUAACACCACCUGUGCAAAAUAACACCACAACAGACACCAAAAAAGUCGUCAUAUCUGCAGCCCCAGUGUCAGUACUUGUGCGAGUCCCCCCGCACAUUCCACCAGCAAUACCAGCCUCCAUAGCGGCUCCUGAUGCUCAAGUCCCCCCUGCACUUCCAGUGCCUAGUCAUUUACACAGCCGCCUUAACUCCACAAGCUCUUCAAUGCCAAUUCCAUCCAUCCCCACCCCAGCUAUAGUAAGCAGCCCAAGUGCAAGUAGUCCACCCUCUUUCAUGGGCAGUGCUAAACAGGUGUGUUAAAUUGUAUUCUGCAAGAAUAAUAUUUUCAUAGACCCACCAUCAUACAUGUACCUUUAAGUUUGUGAUUGGUAAAUCUCAAAUGUGGGAGGUUCAGCAUGGCCUGAGUUUAAGCCUUUAGUAGCACUCUUACUCUGGCUCUCCUCUACUCUGGCUCUCUUCACUCACUGACCAAGACAAAAUUGCUCCUUAAAAUAUCAAUAGAAAUAGAAACAUAAAUUAAGGGAUUGUGACAUGAAGUUGAUCCAAUACCAAAUUCUCAGAAUUAACGUCAUUGGAAUUGUAUGACAGACAGCAAAGAGAAUUGCAAAGGAGAUCUUAGGAAUGAAAGGGUUAAAACCUUUCUUUUACCAAGGUUGGAUGUUGGCAAACUUUCAGGAAAACUUUUAAGCUCUUGGUUACAAAUAUAUUUGUCCAUGAGGAUUAGCAAUUCUCAUAGUCACUAAAUCCCUUUCAAACCUUGUUUGUUUUAACAGUGACACUCAUCUGUAAAUUAGGUAAUAGAUCAAGUUAGAUAUUGAUCAACUCUUUGUUGAUUCAGUGAGCACUAUUACCCAGUCUGUUUGGUUGACGUGAUCAACUCAGUUUGUCUUGAUGUACAAUGGAGUAAAAUGGAGCAAAAUGAGAAAUGUAAUAAAAUAGCAGCAGAGUGAAAUAGUCAUGGAGGUCUGGGUUGGUUCAAUAUGCCACCCAACCCAGACCUCACUGUUUUUUUGAUCCUCUGCAAUUAUCACAUCAUUUACUAUCAUGCUUUGUUUUACUUACUGAAUGUUUGAAAUAGGCAAAAUUGCAGCAUGUCCUAUAUCUCUUUUGGUUACCUAAGUCAAUUUUGAUACGCAAAAGAAUGUAACAAAAUUGUUGCCACAAUAGUCAACUUGUUUUGACUUUGCAGCGUCUCAAGGAACAGCUUAAAAUGCACCAAGCAGCACAGUCUAACAAUAUCAUACAUCGUGCCAUGACUGAAGCUGUUGACAUGGUAACAUCCCAACAUAAUGGUCUCCCUGUGAGUCCAGCUAAUCACAUAAAUCACCAACAAACUACAGUCGUAACCAGCAACAGUCCACAGGACACCAAGAAAAUGUCAGGUGCCUCGUAAGUAUUAACUGUGAUGAUAACAGUAGCCAUGGUAAUUUGAAAUUUUUGGCUUUAUUGGUUUUCAAACCUUGGCAUCUGAGCCUGUUUAGCCUAUGGAAGCAUGGAGAGCUGGUUCUUAUUCCUUUUCCUAAAAUUAAAUCCAUGGGCUUGUUGGUUUUGUUGUCCAGUUCAUCAGUCAUCUACUACCUCAUAUCUUCCCCACACCCAUUAGACAUGGCAUGUAGUAGUUAUAUCAUAUCACUGUCGUAUCGUUAAUACGUACACUAUUAUGUUCCCUGUCUGAGUCAAUGAGAUUAAAAUAAUAAAACUUUGUUUAUGUAGAAAACGCCCACGAAGAACACAGGAUGAGAUGGACCCUGACGAGAGAAGAAAGCGCUUCCUUGAAAGAAAUCGGUGAGUAUUCACAGACAAAACUCAGUAUACGCAUACUAUAUACAUGUAUAGUUUGGAUGUUAUGGGUUAAAGUUGGUUGAAGAGAACAACAAACCAUUCUAUCCCAAUUUACUUCUAUCUUGCAUCACAAUUGACAUGUUAGAGUGAAAGGAAACCCAUUGUCUACAACAACCUUCAAAUGGAGUAGCUGUAUCUGUUUUUAAAAUGAUAGUGCCUGUAUAUGUACACACUUGAUGAACCUGUGCGUGUUUCCUUCAGAGCUGCAGCCACUAGAUGCAGAGAAAAGAGAAAAAUCUGGGUGCAGCAGUUAGAGAAAAAAGCAGAUGACCUUAGUAAUACAAAUGCUCACCUACAGGUAUGAUUGGUUUUACUUUUUUUACUGUUUUUCGUUUGUUUUGUCGACCGUUUUAAAUUAACUAUGAUGCGUUUUCUUUCGAUCGUUUGUUCAUUUGAAGCAGCAUGAUAGCACAUCACUCAAUCAUAUUGAUAAAGAUAAUGACAAUACAAACAAUUACCUGAAAUAUCGUCGUAAAAAAAAUCACUGAAAACAAUGUUCCACUGAUUCAGAAGCGAAACAUCAGCAGGAGUGUUGGUCGUGCUGAUUCAAUCAUUGAAGACCUUCAUGUUGGUUUUCAAGGGUGUAGAAACUUUAUUCAUACGAUUUACCUUAUGACUCAGGAAACAACAGUCCUAUGAAUCGCUAUGUUAACUUCUUUGUGAUUGCCUUUAGAUACUUUUAUUACACGUACACUGACACAAUUUUUCGAUUUCUGUAAUGUUUGUAUAGAGUGAAAUAACACUUCUACGAACCGAAGUUGCGCAGUUAAAAUCCCUACUUCUGGCGCACAAAGACUGUCCGGUCACAAUAGCACAGCAAAGAAACGCACAGAUGUUAAGUAAGUAUUUAAACUGAAAAUCUUGCUCUAAACUAAUCAAACAGUCGAUAACAUAAUUAAGAUUUUGUUUUGUCUAUUUGACUCACGAAAUCGCGCGGUCUUCGUACAAAAGAAGUUAGUCGAGUAUGGAGACGGGAGCUGAGACUUGAAAAGAAGCAAGCACAAUCAUCAACGCUCUCUCGCAUCUCGAUCGCCGUGAAAAAUUCAAAUUGUCUUUAUGUCUAGUUUUGUUCACUUGCUUUUUUCUGUUCUUCUUUUCUAUAGUGAUAAAAAAACUUCUUCAUGCAGUUAUUGGCUAUCAUUAUCGGGAUUACCUUCCGAUCAAAGAGCUGUCUUGUAGUCCUCUUUUCUGUGACCAGUGUUACCAAAACUUAACGUUAGAGUUUAUCUUGGAAAAAAUGCUGUCGUAGGCCAAGCUAAGGGUGAUAGAAUGUCAGUAAAGUUGCCAAUUUAUCAAACGAGUUCCUAUUUUUCCAACAGAUCAUCAAGUUGGUGAGCAAACGAACGGAGUUCUUACAAAUAAUUCCCACGGCACAGAUGCUGCCUCGGCUGAAGAUGUCGCUACCAGCGCUCUCACGCAAAUGGCUCACCGGGCUACCCUGGAACUAGAAAAUCUUGCUGCUACUACGAUGUCGAGUGUCAUAACAACAAACACUAACCCCAUCGGGGUUUGAUAUAGAGUAACUUAGGUAGAAACAAGUACAGUAAGACAUUAAGAGCAUUCUAAUCAGCAUGUACAGUUAAUUAGAACGGCGCGCGUGCGUGAAAAUAACCGCUUUUAGAAGUGUAUUUAUACAGAUUUCAAAGAGAACUGAAUGUAUUUUAGGUAUGACGCGUGUCUGUAAGUUGCUACUAGAUACUUGUGCUACUUUCUAUCAGAAGCAUCUUACCGCGCCAUUUUUAUUACUGACGCAUUCAUUUUGUGUUUGCUGAAGCUGUAGUAUAAAACUAUUUGUUUUAAGGUUUUAAAUAUACAGUGCGACUCAGCAGAUGGUGGAACAGUAUCGCUCUGAAAAAUGCAAAGCCUACGCGUUGACGCGUUCAACACUCAGCAGAAGUGCGAGAAAAGAGUGCAAUGUUAUGUUAUCUUAGCAGCUGUAAUGAUUCAAAAAAUGAAAAAUGCAAAGCUUACGCGUUGACGCGUUCAGCACCCAGCAGAAGUGCGAGAAAAGAGUGCAUUGUCAUGUUAUCUUAACUGCCGUAGUGAUUCAUUUCCUGAGUGUGAUGUUCUUUCAUGAAAAAUGCUUAUGUAAUUCUGUAAUUCCGUGUCUGAUAAGGGGUUAAGUUAACCCUUGAUUUACGGUGUUGAGUGUAGGUUACUGGAAAUUCCAGUUUCAAACUGAAAACAAUUCUAUUCAAUCUGUGUGCUGGCCCUUCGUUGGGCGAUUCUGUGUUUAACAUUCACGUCAAGAUGGCAAGUAACCAAUUGACUUCUUUAAUUUCUCAUCGAAACCGAACCCUUCUGCGGCGAUGUGUUGCUGACAUAACGAUACAAAGGCUAAGCGCUUGUUCGUUCGUGGUGCGCUCCUCUGAUGCCUGUUUUGUUAAAGCAGGACGUGCAUUUGGUGUAAGAAAAUAACCCUUGUAAAUAAAUAGAAACGAAAAAAAGGCGAUAUAUACCUAUAUCCUUACUCGAGUUUUACUGUGGCACAAUGUGACGUUCAAUAAAACCGGUGC